GCCAUGAGAUUCUCGACUCUUUGGAGCUCGGUGGGCGCCAUGAGCUGUGGCUCGCUGGUCACCUACUUGACCCUGCGGCUGCUCGAUGGCCAGAAAUCCUCGAAUUACGCGAGUGGUUCUGAAGGCGACUCAAGAAGGAAGAUGGAACCUCUGGCCAGUGGGACGUGGCUGCAUCACUGGGACCUGGACAAGCCGCAGCUGCAGAAGGUGGCCAAUGGCGAGGAGUCCUCGGCCCUGCGGCACAUAAUCCUGGUGCGACAUGGCGAGUACUCAAAGACCGCGAACGGGAGUCACCUCACGGAGCUGGGACGUCGCCAGGCGGAGAGGACGGGUCGCAGGUUGCGGGAAAUGGACCUGAGCUGGGACCACGUGGUGGCCUCCACGAUGCCGCGGGCCGAGGAGACGGCCAUGAUCAUACUAAAGCAGCUGAAUCUGGAUCCGCUGAAGAUGAAGCGUUGCACUCUGCUGCCCGAGGGCACUCCCUAUCCGGGGGAUCCGCCCUCGAAGCGGAGUCCCCGCAGCUUGGAGCUGGCCUACCAGCGGGAUGGCCCCCGGAUCGAGGCUGCCUUCAGGCGCUACUUCUUCCGGGCCAGUCCGGAGCAGCAGCACGACUCCUACCUGCUCAUCGUGGGCCACUCGAAUGUGAUUCGCUACCUGAUCCUGCGGGCCCUGCAACUGCCGCCGGCUGCCUGGACGAGGCUGAACCUGAACCACGGCUCCAUCACCUGGCUAACCGUUUGGCCCUCGGGCUAUGUGACCUUGCGAUGUCUGGGGGACUCGGGCUUUAUGCCCGUAACAGAGGUCACCCAUCGGAGGCCUUCGAAGGCUAAGUCCGAUGGUAACUAGCUCAGGAUCCUCGAGGGACUAGCUCAUUUUGCCGGACAAGUGGAAACGUGACUUCCUGCACAUUUUGUUGCAAAACCACUUUAACUUUGGCCAAAAUCACUUGGCCAACACACUGCCAGCUGCAUCUGCAUCCGCAUGCCGGCACAUUCGCA